AUGUUGUGCAUGAACAAGAAGAAGCUAUCUAUGCGGAAGGGGAAGCCGAUUGCAUGUUUUGAGGAUGAGGAUGACGAUGACGUUGAAAAUAAUAUUGAUGAUGAUAAUGAUCGUGUCGAGGACAUGUUGCACGAGGUCGAGGAUGAAAUUCGCGAUCGUGUUUUUGAGUGCUUGUCUAAGGCGGCUGAAACGCCAUUGUAUCCGGGUUGUACAAAGUAUAACAAGCUUUCCGCUGUUUGCACACUCUACAAUAUCAAGACAAGCGGAGGAUGGACUGACAUUAGUUUCACUGAGUUGUUGGUGGCGCUAAGUGAUAUGUUACCGGCUGGAAAUGAACUUCCCAGGUCGAACUAUUAUGCCAAGAAGCUCAUGUGUCCCUUUGGUUUAGAGUACAAGAAGAUACAUGCUUGUCCAAAUGAUUGUCUGCUAUAUCAUAAGCAGUAUGAGAAUUUGGAUAAGUGUCCACGGUGCGGAGUGUUACAUUACAAACGCAAAGGGAUUCAAGCGCUUGUUUUCGAUAAAAAAGAUGCAAGGAAUUUGAGGUGGCAUGCAGAUCCUGAUCGAAGGAAGAGAGAUGGUUUGCUUAGGCAUCCUGCUGAUUCUCCCCAGUGGAAGACUAUUGACAAGCUUCAUGACACUUUUGGUAAGGAACCUCGGAAUUUGAGGCUUGGGUUAUGUACGGAUGGGAUGAAUCCAUUUGGCACUCUUAGCUCCCAACAUAUUACAUGGCCAGUACUUUUAGUCAUAUAUAAUUUACCUCCUUGGUUGUGUAUGAAACGCAAGUACAUCAUGUUGUCGCUUCUUAUAUCGGGGCCUAAACAACCGGGAAACGACAUAGAUGUCUACCUUGAACCUCUCUUUGAUGAUUUGAGAAAGAUGUGGGAUGAAGGGGUUUCCGUAUUUGAUGCACAUGCAAAUGAGACGUUUAGAUUGCGUGCAAUGCUUUUCUGCACCAACAAUGACUUCCCUGCUUAUGGUAACUUAUCCGGCUACAAGAACAAAGGAAUGAAAGCAUGCCCAACUUGUGAAGAGGAUACACAAUCCAAAUAUAUUUCUGAAUGUCACAAAUAUGUAUUCUUGCGAACGCGAAGGCUUCUUAGACGUGAUCAUCCCUAUCGUAAGAUGAAGACAGCAUUCGAUGGGAAUGUUGAGAUGGAUGUCGCCCGUAGAGCGAUGACUGGUAAGGAAGUUUAUGAGCGGGUCAAGGGUGUUGAAACGGUCUUCGGCAAGUCAGUGAAAGACAAGGGUACAACUGGAUUAUGGAAAAAAGAGUCUGUGUUCUGGAAACUUCCAUAUUGGAAAGAUCUACCGGUUAGGCAUUGUCUUGACGUCAUGCGUAUCGAGAAAAAUGUUUGUGAAGCAAUUCUUGGGACACUUAUGAAUAUUCCAGGCAAGACAAAGGAUACCAAGGGAGUGGGAGAAUACUUUAAAAGUACGCAAGCACAAAUACAACCACCACCAGCAAUGGAGGUCCAAUCACCCAUCAACACCACCUCCGCUUUCAACACUGUCUCUCCUCUUCCGCCGCCCUCAAAGCCUGAAACCACCCCUCCGCCCUUAAAGCCUGAAACCAACCCUCAGCCGCCACAUCCUAAAAAAUUCGCUCCUGAACCUCCCGAUUUCGUCACCGUCCCAAGCUACUCAAGUAACCAACAUAUAUCAUGA